AACUUGGCUUAUGAAUCAAAUAAAUUAGCUCCAAAAACAGAAUAAAUAUUGCCGGGCUCAUUAGUAUAGACUUAGCCAAUCAAAAAAUAUAGUCUUAACUCUAGGAAGAGGUAAAGUCAUCCGGGUAACAUAGGAAAAAACAACAACCUGACUAACAAAUUUGAAAUUCGUUUUUCUUACAUAAAAAGACAGCUAAAUGGAAGGAAAUUGUGUCAGAGUCAUUGGAAAAUGGACAAGCACAUUAUACAGCGCGCUAGUUUUAUAAUAAAUAUUAAAAUAAUUAUUUAAUGACCACAAAAAAACAGGGAAUGUCCGAAUUCAUUGUUGAGAGUGUCCUAGAGUCUACAUUUUGCUUCAAGACUAAGAAGAGCACUUAAGGCAAACUUAAUACUUGAAGUAGAUCUAUCAUCUAGAGUCUAGUUUUGAAGCAGAUUAACAAGGAGCUAGAUUCUAUAGAGAUCUAUAUAGAUCAGCUAAGGACAGUAAAAAACAAUAAAAAAAAACAACAACAAAGCAGCUUUAUAAUGGAAUAUGAAUCUGUUGGUCUACUUCAUGAACAGUUUGUAAAGCAAGCAAAAUUAACACCUGAUGCCAUUGCUGUUGUUAGUCCUGAUGAAAAUCAAAGUGUUACGUUUGCUGAUUUGAACUCGUGGACAGACACAUUGGCUAUUAUACUGCAGAGUCAUGGAGUCAAAGCAGAAACCUCAGUUGGAAUUUACCUGGAAAAAACCAUCAACUUUGUUGCAACCUACAUCGCUAUUCUGAAAGCAGGAGCUGGCUAUCUACCUUUGGACACAUCUUAUCCCACUCCUAUGCUAGAGUCUGUCCUUCAAGAUGCCCAGCCUAUAAUUGUUUUAGCAAGUCCCGAUCUUGCUCCUAGACUUGAUACUUAUCCUGCUAAGCAAGUUCUGGUACUAGAUGAGGGUUGGCAAACCAGGUUCAGUGAGGAGAAUCAGAAGAAUAAUGCCACACUCCAAGACCCUCUUACUGAUUUAGAUAGUCUGGCUUAUGUAGUCUACUCAUCGGGUACUACAGGAAAACCAAAAGGCAUCACAUGCCCACAACGUGGUGCUGUAUACUCAUACCACCAUCGGCAUACACACUUCCCUUACCAGGACAACCAGGAGAGGGAGGCCUGCAAUAUUUUCUUUGUUUGGGAGAUGCUGCGUCCCCUCAUGAAAGGAGUUCCCAUGUACAUCAUGAGUAACAGUGUUGUGUAUGACCCGCCCUUGCUUUGUGACUUUUUAGCCCAGAACAAAAUUACAAGAAUGCUUUUUACACCUAGUCUUCUAGAGACAGUUGUCAAUACUAUUCCACCUGAAACAUUGAAGGAAAGCUUUAAAACUGUUCGCCAGGUUUGGUUUUGUGGAGAGGUAGUAACCACAUCAUUGUUAGAUCGGUGUAUGACACACAUGCCUUGGGUCAGAUUUAUCAACUUAUACAGUAUAUCAGAAUGUCAUGAUGUAGCGUGUGAGGACUUGAGUCAGUAUUACAGGAAUUUUAAGGAGUCAUUAUUGGCCAGAAAGUUUUGUCCUGUUGGACACAUUAUGGAAGGUGUUGAGAUCAUUAUCCUCAAUCAAGACAACAAAGUUCAGCCAGUGGGCAUGUCUGGAGAGAUUUAUGUUAGUGGACCAACAUUGGCAAGAGGCUAUCUAAACAGGCCAGAAGUACAGAAACAAAGAUUUGUUUAUAUGGAUGUUGAUGGCCAGCAAAAACGAAUGUACAGAACAGGAGAUUGGGGCUAUAUGUUAUCUGGUGGUAACUUAGAAAUAUGUGGGCGAGUUGACUCUAUGGUCAAGAUCAGAGGUUAUUCUAUUGAAGUACAGGCUGUAGAAUCUUGCCUCCUCUCACUACCCAUGGUCAAAGCUUGUGUUGUCCUAGUGAAAGGUGAUGAAGGAGAUGAUAAAUUUUUGGUGGCAUACAUUGUCAGUGAAAGGGAAACUACCAAAAAAGAAGUCCGUGCUGAGUUAAAAAAACGUUUGCCCUUUUACAUGAUUCCUUCCUAUUUUUUGUUUCUUCAAAGUAUUCCAGUAGUUGCUGCCACUGGUAAACUUGACAAGUCGGCUUUGCCUGAUUUUAAAUGCCAACAGUUAGAAGGUGUUGGUGCUGAGGGAAGACCAUCCACAGUGACAGAGGUGGCUCUAGCUGAAAUCUGGAUAGAAGUUCUGCAGCUGAAAGAGGUUGACAUUCAGGAAAGUUUCUUUGACCUGGGCGGACACUCUCUUAUGGCCACAGAACUUCUACAGAGAGCUAGGAAAAAGUUCCAAGUCACUCUUGCUGUGAAAGAUUUAUUUCUCUACCCAACUAUUUCCAGCCUAGCUAAGCUCAUUGAUGCUCGCCUGGCUAAUAACAAUGGAUCGGAAGCCAUCUCCAAUGUUAAUGGUGAGGCAACUGAACCAAAGAUAGACCUUCAUGCAGAAGUGACUAGACAUGAUCAAGGUGUCAGCAACCUUGACAUGCAGCUGCGUGCAUUCUGGCGCACAUUUCAACAUGGCCACCAUUUCCACAGAGGUCGUGUUUUACUGACUGGAGCUACUGGAUUUUUAGGAGCCUUUAUACUAAAGGAACUUCUAUUACAUACAAAAUUAGUAGUCUAUUGUCUGGUUAGAGAACUACCACAGAGAUCUGCCAUUGACAGAAUUAUAACUACACUAAGAAGCUAUGGAAUACUAGCAACUGACAAGACUACUGAAACUGAGGAGCAGGCUUUACUAGAAGAAGCCUUUAUGCAAAGAGCAACACCUCUGAAAGGCAAUGUUUCUUUGUUGCGACUUGGUCUGAGUGAAGAAGACUACACUUAUCUCUGCACAGAUAUUGAUUUUGUUAUCCACUCUGCUGCAUCAGUUAACUUGGCUUAUCCUUACAGUGCAUUGCAUGGCCCUAAUGUAAUGGGAACUGCCAAUAUAAUACAAUUUGCAUCAACAGGAAAAGUAAAAGCUUUACACUAUAUAAGCACCAAUGGAGUUUUCCCUCAUGGCACGACAAAAUGUAGAGAGGAUGCUGAUGUGACCAAGUUUGCUGAUAAACUUACAGAUGGCUACUCGCAAUCCAAAUGGGUUGCUGAGCAAUUGGUCUGUCAUGCUAGGGACCGUGGUCUUCCUGUCACUAUCUAUAGGCCAGGCAACCUGUCUGGUGACUCAAAGAAAGCUUAUUGGAAUCCCCAUGACUUUACUCUGCUGAUACUUCAAGCCUGUGCCAGAACUGGCAUGGCUCCAAACUUAGAUUGGAAUAUGGAGAUGACUCCUGUAGACUUUGUAGCCACUGUCAUAGUCAAGUUGACCCAGAACCCAGAUUGUGCUUUAGGGAAAACUUUACAUUUGGUCAAUGACAAACCCAUGAAAUCCAAACAAGUGUUUCAGUGGAUGAAUAGUCAUGGCUAUCCACUACAACUUGUUGACUUUGAUGAAUGGAAAACCAGGGUCAUUGAAGAAUUAUCAAGCAAUGGGUCCAGUACACCAAGUAUUGAAGCCAUGACACCAGUAUUAGAAUCCUAUAUUAGUGAUGCCAGCUUCCUGCCCAGUCUGAGUACUUUCAACAACGCAACUUUACAAAAAGUUCUCAGUGAGAUUGGCCUGUUGUAUCCCUACACUGAUGUUAAGCUGUUGAACACUUACUUUAAGCAACUGACUGCAAGAAAUUUAAUUGGACAAAAGAAAAAUUUAAGUUUGACUAGUCCUUUGGCUGGCCAGGUGGCUAUUGUAACUGGAGCCUCAAGUGGAAUAGGUAAAGCUACAGCUUUGGCCUUAGCUGCUGCAGGUGCUAAGGUGGCAUUAGCUGCCAGGUCAGAACAGAUUCUGUUGGAUAUUGUGAAAGCCAUCAAAGAUGAAGGUGGAGAAGCUAUUGCUGUUAAAACAGAUGUCACUGAUAGGACUCAGAUGAAAGAUCUUGUGAAACAAACUGAGUCUAUCCUAGGACCAGUAGACAUUCUGAUCAACAAUGCUGGAGUCAUGUACUACACAUUGAUGAAAAACCUUCAUGAAGAUGAGUGGGAGAGGCAAAUUGAUGUUAACUGUAAGGGUGUUACAAAUGGUAUAGGAGCAGUUCUUGAUGGCAUGAUUAAAAGAGGAAAAGGUCAUAUUGUGAACUUGUCUUCUGAUGCAGGAAGAAAGGGCUUCCCUGGUCUAGCUGUGUAUUCAGGUACAAAGUUCUAUGUGGAAGGUCUGUCUCAAGCACUGAGACAUGAAGUAGCUCCAAGUGGAAUCAAGGUCACAUGUAUACAGCCUGGAGAUGUUAGAACAACUUUAGCUGCUACAGCUACAGACACUGAGGCCAGAGCUUUGUAUGAUGGCAGUUCUAAAGUUCAGAUUUUAGAGCCUAGUGAUGUCGCCCGAGCUAUAGUCUAUGCUGUGUCACAGCCAAAGCAAGUCUCUAUUAAUGAGAUUCUCAUUGAACCAAGAGAAGCUCCUAUUUAAAAACAGAAAAAAAAAAUUCAUAGUUGUUGUGUUGACUGAGCAUUAUUCCAGAAUUGCCAAUGGAAUAUUUCAUUAGCAUUAUGUUGUUUAGAAAACAAUUGUGUCUCAAUUUUGUUAAAUGACGAUACUUUUUUUUUUUUUUAUUUUUUUUUAAGGGGCAUUAUUUUAAGUAGUCUGUUCAAUAAAAUAUUUCUUGUUUUAAUUUUUUAGCUUUUGGAAAGAACACGAUGACUUUACUUUAUGAACCUAUAAAACCAUUGCAUUUAAUUGGAUUUUUAUUUCAAGCACAAAACUAGUUUCUUUAUUGUUUUUUUUUUUUUUUUUGUUGAAUUAAUAUUCCAAUAACAAAUUAAUUUUUUUUUCUUUUUAAAAAUAAUUGCUACUAUUUAUGUGUGUUGUAAACAUUAUUGUCUCAAUGUACACCAUACAAAGAAGUGUAUGAAUAUAUCAGGAGGGGAGGAACUAUACUUUAAUCCCAGCCAUAAAUUCAUCUUACCUAAGGGGUAUAGGGUUUUUCAAUAUGUGGAAAUGCAUAUGGGCAAUCCAGAGUGUUCUUUCUAUGGUACAAAUAAAGUCAUCUGUGUUUAGUUAGCCCUUACAAAAUAGAAUCUUCAUUUGUGUUUUAGCUUUAUCAUGGGAGAAUGUAUCAUUGGUUUAUAUACAAGCAGUAAAAUUCAUUUUAAAAUCUGUAUCAUUUAGACCACAUUCCGAGAAUCACAGAAUUUCUAUUUGUUCAUUUCAUACAAAAAGAAUGGUAAUUAAUGUCAGAUACGGAAAUAAAAUGUUUUCUUUCAGAGAGA